ACUAAAAAAAAAACGAGGAAGUGUACAUCAUUUUUAUUUUAUACAGCGUGUAGAUUUUGACAACACAGGUAUUUCAGGUGUUCAGCCAUUAGAUACUGAUCAUGGCUCUGUUUGAAGGAUGCCAGAUUGUUUUAGAUCUGACCACAGCAGUCAGGUUUAAGGAGAAGACUCAGAUGAGGAAAGACAUUACAUCCAAUGGAGGAAUUGUGUCUUUCAUUGUCACUAAGAAGAGUACACAUGUUGUAUGCAAUGAUGCAGAAAAAGCAGAGUUCUCAUAUAAAUGCAAAACGGCUGCCAAGUAUGGUAUUCCGGUUGUUUCGGUUCCCUGGAUAAAUAAGAGCAUUGAAGCCGGUCACCUGCUGAACACAGAUGACUUCCUGGUCAUGGGAAUAUCAAAAUCUGAGGCUCUUAAGGAAGGAAAAAUAUCAGCCUCAAAAUUUCAAAAGAAGGACAAAAAGAAAACAGUCAAACCAUUUAUUAAUGUUGGCAGCAUUAAAGUGUGGAAACCAGAUGACAAAAAUUGCCCAUCUUUCACAAGGGAAUUCCAAAUUGCCAAGUUUGCACUCUUCAAAGGAGAGAAAAAAGAAAAGAAGGUACAGAAGACAUUUACUGUACUGGAAGUGCAUGUUGAUGAACAUUUCAGGACAGGUAACUCUGAUACAAACCAUAAAUACAGAGUUGCCUCCCAUACAGGAAUGUUGAAGACUGUGGAAAAAGGUGGACCAGGUACUACAGAAUAUAGAUACUGUAAUACAGUUGAUGAGACACUGGCUGUAUAUAGCAAUCUAUACAGACAACAACAACAACAACUGGGUAUGACCUUGACCCAUGACCUUUUCUCGAGACAUAUUGGAUCCGAAAAAUUUAAACAGAUGAUGGUAGAGCUUGGAUUAGAGAGUGGUAGUAUGACAGAAGAGGUUGGUUGUCUGGUAGAACAUAUCUGGCUAGAGGCCAAUGAAGAAGUGGAAAAUGUCCUGUCCUGUGAUGUCACAAGUAUCAAAGAAGAACAGGUUGAAAAAGCAGAAGCCAUUUUGAAACAGAUCAAGUCAGCCCUAGAUACGAAUGAUGAUAGUAAAAUACCCAAACUGAUGUCGGAUUUCCAUUCUACACUACCUCAUGAUAAGCUGCAUCAAGCAGUGACACCAACUAAAUACUGGUUGUCAAGGAAACUGGACCUCUGCCAGUUGGUAAGAGAUAUGAUAUCUGUUAGUGAGGCCACAAACUUUGCCAUGAGAACUAGCACAGUAGCUAAAUAUAGGUCUCUAAGAUGUGGGAUAGAUUGUUUGAGCCCUUCUAGUACAGAAUACCACACAGUUAAACAGCUGGUCAGCGAUUCAAUAGUUGGAGAUUGUCAGAUCAAUAUUGUUGACAUCUUUGCUGUAAAUCGCCCGGUGGAGAGCAGCAACUUCCUGUGGCAUAUCUCCAAUAAACAACUUCUCUUCCACGCAUCUAAAGCUAACAAUAUAGUUGGAAUCUUAUCCAGAGGGUUGUUAAUGCCGAGGGUUGUAGUGGAGGAUCAUGGAGGUACAAGGUCUGAUCCUGGCAUGUUGGGAUCUGGUAUUUACUUUGCAAGUGCUGCAAGUACAAGUGUUGGUUAUUCUCUGGCAAGUAAAACAAAAGGGUCAAGGUUUAUGCUGGUCAGUGAGGUUGCCUUGGGCAGGUGUAUGGAUACGUAUCAGAAAGAUUUGACCUUGACCUCUGCUCCAGAAGGUUAUAACAGUGUACAUGGUGUGAAAUCUUCUCCAGGAGAACAAUCUGCAUUUAAGGAUGAUGAGUAUGUGAUAUACAGCCCGAAUCAACAAAGACUGAAAUAUCUAGUAGAGUUUACUACAAAAACUGAUGAAGUGAAGAGGACUUUUGAAGAGCUUGUAACCCUGGAUGAAAUGAUGAUAUCUGAUGAUGAAGAUUCUGAUGUUAUAAGUUUGAAAGAUGUCAAGGACAUUACAGACCCUAUGUCAAAGGUCAAGGCCGGUCUUGUCUCCAAGGACGAUGCACCGGUUAACCUUAAAUCUGUACAUGUUCGUGCUAAACUGAUGGAUUUGGCAUCUGAGGUGGUUGUGUUGCAAGAAUAUGAAAACAACAGUAAGAACCCUCUAGAAGCAAAGUAUGUAUUCCCACUAGGAGAUCUAGCUGCUGUUUGUGGGUUUGAAGCAUUUAUCAAUGGAAAACAUAUCAUUGGGGAAGUGAAGGAAAAAGAGCAAGCCCAUAAAGAAUAUAAGAAGGCAAUUAGUGAAGGGCAUGGUGCUUAUCUUAUGGACCAAGAUGAGGAAACUCCUGAUGUGUUUACAGUCAGCGUGGGCAACCUACCACCUGGGGCAACCGUGCUCAUCAAGAUCACAUAUGUGGCAGAGUUACAGGUGGAAGGGGAAAUGAUCAGCUUUAGGUUGCCCGGAAGUGUGGCUCCUUGGAAGAAAGAUUCAUUGAAGGAAACUACACAGCAUGAGACAGAAACCAUAGAGGUUAAACAAGGGGAGACAAGUCUACAGGUUUCUGUAGAGAUGCCCUUUGACAUAAGGUCGAUUGAAUGUCCUUCACAAAAGAUAAAGGUCAAGAGGACAUUAACAAAAGCAACAAUUGAAAUGUUGGAAGGAGAAUCUAUUGGGGAUGGUUUCCAGCUUUUGAUUGGUUUAGCUGAGAUACAUGUACCAAGAAUGUGGGUGGAACGGAAACCAGACGAUCAGAAUCAUCAGGCAUGCAUGUUGGCAUUUUACCCAGAAUUUGAGGCGUGCGAGACGGAUGAUGUAAACAUGAUUCUACUGCUGGAUCUGUCCAAUUCUAUGAAAGGAGAUGCCAUUGUUAGUGCCAAAAAAGUUUUACUGCUGACCCUUCAACAUUUACCUUCCACCUGGAACUUUAAUGUCAUAGUGUUUGGAACAGCCUGGAAAGAGUUGUUUCCCACUUGUGUAGCUAAAACUUCAUCAAAUAUGAAACAAGCAUCAGAGUUUGUGAUGAGCUUGUCUCCAACUAUGGGUAACACAGAGGUUGUGAGGCCACUACAUACAUUCUACCUGAUGAAACAGGAAAACUCCAUGCAGAAUGUGUUACUUAUAUCUGACGGACAUAUGAACAACACGGAACUGUUACUAAAUAGUGUACGAACAAAUUGCCAACAUACCAGAGUGUUUACUGUAGGAGUCAGUGGCACAGCUGACAGACACAUGUUGAGGGCUUUGGCUAGAGUUGGUGCAGGGUCCUUUGAGUACUUUGAUACAAAAGUUAAAUCUAAAUGGGAAACAAAGGUUAAAUCUCAGAUCAGCAAGGCCGCCCAGCCAGGUCUGACGUCAGUACAAGUGGAAUGGGAACAGCAUGGUGCCGAUGUUCCACCUCCGGUUCAAGCCCCUCGACAAAUUACGGCCCUAUUUAACGGUUCUCGUUCCGUGAUAUACGGAUAUGUUCCUAACUGUACAAUGGCAACAUUGAGAGCAAGUGUAGCUGGAGAAGAGGUCUCCACCAUGGUAUCAACCUCGGACCUCAGUAUUACAAAUGGACAUAUUUUACAUCGUCUGACAGCAAGGGCAAUAAUCAGUGACUGGGAAAAUGGAGUCUUGUCUGCUGACCGUACUGACCAUGAGAUAUUGAAGAUGAACACUAAAGAUUAUAUCAUUGAGUUAAGUAAGGAGUACUCUAUUGUCACUCAAUUCACCAGCUUUGUUGCCAUAGAAAAAAGAGACAAGGACGAGGAGAAGAAAGCAGUAGAUGCCCCGGCUAUGUCAGAACUAGUGGAGCGUGAAAAUGUGGAUCAACUUCAGUAUAUGGCAUUUGAAGAGGAUAAUGACCUUGAGGCUUACUUUAAGAAACUAGAUGAUGAGCUAGAUGAGAUUGAUUCUGAUGAUGAUAAAAUCAGACUCCUUAAGGAAGGUUUCAAGCUUGUACGGAUGAUUCAAGAUACAGACCAACAGACAGAGACAAUACUGAUGCUGGAAGAAGUGUUUGACAGUUUGGAUAUAGGUGAUAAAGUGGACUUCAGUGAGACUUUUGGAAUGGAAAGAAGAAAGCCACCAAAACCAAAAAGUUCACAUUUGUUUGUAAAAACUUUGACUGGCAAAACUGUGAAUCUGGACUUGAAUACUGACUGUACUAUAGCUGACUUAAAGGCUAUGAUACAAGACAAAGAGGGUAUACCUCCUGACCAGCAGAGACUGGUUUACGCUGGACGUCAGCUAGUAGAUGACUGGACAUUGCAGGAUUAUGAUAUACAAAAUGAGUCAAUGUUACAUCUUGUAUUGAGAUUAAGGGGCGGACCAUCAGAAGAUCAGGUACUUAAAUUUAAGAAGGCAAGAGGACUUUUGAAGCAUGAAAGAGAAGCCAUGUCAAAGAUUUCUGCAGAUGUUAAUGAAACUAAAAUGCUUUUAAAUGAAAAUAUACAAGCAGUACUGGAAAGGGGAGAAAAAUUAGAUGAAUUAGUAGAAAAGUCAGGAGACCUAAGUUUACAGAGUCAAAUGUUCUAUAAAACUGCUCGCAGCAGAAUUGAUGACGAUAUGGAAAGAAUGAACGUAUAUGAUGGAACAUCUGAAGAAGAAGAAUCUGAAGAGUCAGAUUUUGAAUGUUCAGAAACUCUUGGAGUUGAACAAGAAUUUGGAGUAGAUCUUACUGCUGAAGAAGAAAGAGAAUAUGAUUCAGAUGAUUCGGAAGGAAAUUCUGAAGAUGAACUGUUACAUGAAGGACUGCAGAUGAACUUCGAGUCAGACAAUCAAUUCAAAGGCUGGGCAAUGGAGAUGGCACAAUCCUAUGAGAAAUUCUCGGCACAGGCAGAGGUAUCUACAAAAAGGCUUAUGGAUGUAGACACACAUAAAGCUACGCCUGAAUUAGAACAGAUGUUAGAUGCUGGAGCUGAUACAAUGUUUAAAAAAGUAAACUCCAAAUCGGCAGCAUAUGACAGUGAUGAUGAAUCUUGUGAUGAUGAUAUGGGAUUUGAUCUUUUUGGGGGGGAUAGUUAUGAAAAACAGGAAAGGUCUUCACCUAGUCCUGUCUCACGUAAAACACAUGGUGGAAUGCUCAAUCGUGACAUACAUUUAAGAUCACCUAUAGAGAUAGAGAAAGAAGAGAUUGUCCAGAAAGCUGUAUCACAUGUAAAUGUAGAUAUGCUAGAGUGUAGUGAAGAGCCUGAAUUUGCAUACUGUUUGAGCAUGGAAAAAGACUAUACUGAACCUAUGGAAGAGUGUUAUGAAGAUGAUGACAUUUAUGAGAACCCUGAAGUUGAAUAUGAAGGUCAGAGGGGGACCUUUGCAGAUUUGAGUCAUGACUUAUCUGCACGUGAACAAAUUACUAUGAAAGCAAAUGUAGUAUCAAGUUUUGAUAGUGAACCUCAGUUUGAUGAAAUUGUAUCUGGACGGCCAAGCUUUGGUGGUGGUGGAAUGCCUGAUAGUGUGGAAAUGGACCAGAAAAAAAAGAAAAAACCAGCAAGGAGAGCAAUGAAGUCACAUUUCAAAGCUCCUGAAUCAUCAAGUAUUAGUUCACAAGCAGAAAAAGCAGAAACUGGCCUCCCUUCUCAUCUUCAUUUGAGUAAUUGUUCCAUGGCACCACAGUUGCAUCAGCUAAUGGCACCACAAUUGCAGCAAAUGGCACCACAAUUGCAGCCGCAAAUGGCACCACAAUUUCAGCAGCACAUAGCACCACAGGUGCAUCAACAAAUGGCACCACAAUUGCAACAGCCACAACAACAGCUAGAUAUGCCACAACCUAAUGCAAGAACUGAUAAAUUUAUGUCUAGGUCUAAGCCUCCUAAAUUUAUGUCUAGGUCUAAGCCUCUUGAAACUUAUUCUGCAUUGGAAAGGUCUGAUGAAUCAUUGAUGCAUCAGAUGGAUAAAAUUCCAACAGUGCAUAAUUAUUUUUCAACAAGUUCUCCUUUUUCUCCUGCACCAUUGAGUGCACCACCACCACCCCCACCUCCUCCAGGGGAUACCCCAAGACCCACACCACAACUAGGGGUUGCUAUUAUUCCUUCAUCUUUUCAAGUAGCAUCUAGUUAUCAAGCUCAGAUACCAAGUUUUGGUUUUGGUGCAACAACGGGUGCAUCACCACAACCCCCACCUUCAUCAAAUAAUGCGACUAUACCACCCCCAUGUCCUCCAAUGCUUGCCCACAGAUUCCAACCAUCGAGAGCUCCAAGCUAUUUAUCUUUCGAAGUAGAGCCUAGAUAUGCAGCUAAAGCACCAAGUUUUGCUUUUAGUGCAACAACGGGUGCAUCUCCACCACCACCACCUCCUUCAAAGGAAGCUCACAGACCACCACCUCCACCAGGGGGUGCCCCCAGACCAACACCACCACCACCUCCAGGGGGUGCUCCCAGACCACCACCACCUCCAGGGGGUGCUCCCAGACCAGCACCACCACCACCUCCAAGGGAUGCUCCCAGACCUCCAGCUUCUCCAAGGGGUGCUCCUAGCCCUUCAUCUUCUCUAGUAACAUCUAGACAUCCAGCUCCAGAUCCAAGUUUUUCUUUUGGUGCAACAACUGGUGGAUCUUUGGAAAUGCUAAAAAGUUGUCCCAAUAUUAGCCCUAUUAAGAGGAUGAUUGCAAUGUCAUUAUCUAAAUCUGCUGUUGAUGAUAAUGAUAUGGAGUUUACCAAAGCCUCUAAGCAGGAAAGCAAAGAAAUACCUGAGAAGAAAAGCAUUGAAGCUCAUGUUAGAAGAAAUUAUGGGGGAAGGAGGGUAGAUAUGCGUGAACUUCAAGAGGAUUCCCUGAAUGUUUCUAAAGAGGACGAACUUGAACAAGAACUAAGAAAAGAAAUGGAAGAAGAGAGGAGCAAACCACAGGUAUCUUGGAGGGCAAUGUCUAUGCCUAGAAGUGAAAGAAUAUGUGAUGGCUCAAUUAUUAGCCAGGGGUUACGUUUUGGUGCGAGUCGUAAAGUUGUGGUUGAGAAAGAACAAGAGAAAAGAGCAGAAAUUUCUAGAGGAACUCGGCUAUACGAGUAUGGUAUAGGAAUGCAGAUACCUUGUAUCAUCAGCGGACGUGGACUGGUGUUCCCUGAUCUAGGUCAGGUUGUGAAAAUGCAGAAUCUGAAUGGUUACUGGGAGAUGAAUGAUAAUUUGGAGAAAUUACUCUGCAUUGACUUCAGUAUCUGUAAAUCUGUUCUGGAGACAGCUGGCUUAAAAUCACUAGGAUUAAAAUGCCACGAGGAAAUUCUUCACCUUAUUUCCACCGCCAUAGUACUGAUGCAAAUGUUCAAGCUUCUGUUGCCACAAGCGUUUCCUCGUAACUGUAAGCUAUACUUCGAUGACAGUCAGGAUGCCGUCAUGAUCAAAUUGGUGUCUGAAAAAAUCGAAAUUACAAAAUUUGAUCCGGCUGGUACAGACAGGGAUACAGUAAGGACGGCAAUAGAUAUGGCUUUUGAAUUCUGGGUAUGGGCAGAUAAAAGACACCCACUGGUUUGUACGAGUCUAGAGCUGGGGUCAAACUGGUACGAAUUUGUUGGACGCUGUUUGAACUUGCAUAGAGAAGGCAUUAGCCCAAAAAUACAGGAGAAAACAAUGUUUGCGAAAAGCACUGUAAAACAACCGAUUUUGGUAUAAACUGUUUAAUGAGGUGAAACAGGAACUGAUAAAAGAUCAAAUUUUGAAAUAUGCAUAUUUAACCAGGUUUUCCGAAG